AUUUCCGGUUAGGCUACCUUUCAAAGAUAAUGAAAGUGAAAGGGUAUUGUCUAGAUAGGUUAGCCUACACGACAUAUUGUUCUGCAGUCGCUAUACGUUUUCUUCAAGCAUGGAUAAAUUGAGAAAGAUGAAGACAGAUCUGACAGAAAUCUUGUCAGUGGAUGCCAGUUACAUCCUUCAGCAUGUACACCAGGAUGGCCUGGUUACUCCACGCGAAUACAGGAACCUGAACAAUGUCAGUAAAUUACAUCCAGAAGAUUCCAUCGUCAGUCUGCUGGAUGCACUCAUAUUCAAAGGAGGAGAUGAGAAAUGCACUAGAUUCCUGACCCUGUUGCAGCAGCCAGUCAUCAGAUCAAACUUCUGCAAACUGGAAGAAAUCAAACACAUCGACAUAGCUCCGGCACCCAGUAGCCCAGCACCCCCAGACGCUGUCCCAACCUCUGCCUCCUCCACAGUCCACACCCAUCGCCCAACCACAUCAGGUUCAAACAUUCCAACUACUCCUGUGAAAAAGAAAAACCGGAGAAGUACCACUGCGUUUGGAACCAUCAAAGACGUUUCUGAGGUGAAGAAGGGGCAGACGGGGGGGAAAUACUUCCAAGCUGUUCUAAACCAAGAGGAUGGGCCCAUGGUCAUUCUCAUUUUGGCUCUAGAGAAACGAAAUAUCUUUCUAGGAGCAGAGAAGAGAAGGUCUUCUGUAAAGUUGAAGAGAAUCUCAUUCGAGAAACUUGGAAUUAACAAGUACCAAGAGGGGAUAAAGUUCACAAACAAAUCCGAAUUGACUUACACAAGAGUCAAAAACACUACAAAGAUGGAACCCACUGCUGAUGAAAAAGAAUAAACACAUUAAAAAAAAACUUGAAUAAAAUUUUAAGGGUGACCUACUGACCAGACCAGAGGCAAUUCCUUAACUACCUAGCCUACAUUAUGUAAAUGUCACGAAUUCCGCCGAAGUUGGUCCCUCUCCUUGUUCGGGCGGCGUUCGACGGUCGUCGUCACCGGUUUUCUAGUUGCCACCGAUCCACGUUUUCUUUUUCCAUUUGUUUUGUCUUCAUUGUAUACACCUGAUUUCCAUUUCAUAAUUAUUGUUCCCUAUUUAACCCUCUGGUUUCCCCAUUGGUUUUGUGCGUGUUUGUUCUGUGUUAAGCUGUCGCGUAUAUUUGUGAGCUGAGUUAGUUUCCCUGCGUGGAAUAUUUUGUUGAGUAAAGACCUUUAUUACUCAUUCUCGGUGUCCUGCACCUGACUCCGUCCCUCCUGCUGCUCAUUGACAUGUGCUUAGCUCUAUUCCGUUUCUUGUUAUUAAAAAAAAAACUCCUUAGUCCUUGCCCGAUGACAAGCAAGCCAC